AUGGAUCUGUCACCCCGCAACCGGCCGCUGCUAGAUUCCUCGUCGCUGGACAGCGGCUCGCUGACCUCGCUGGACUCCAGCGUAUUCUGCAGCGAGGGCGAAGGGGAACCCUUGGCUCUGGGGGACUGCCUCACGGUCAACGUGGGCGGCAGCCGCUUCGUGCUCUCGCAGCAGGCUCUGUCCUGCUUCCCGCACACGCGGCUGGGCAAACUGGCCGUGGUGGUGGCCUCCUACCGCCGCCUAGGAGCCCUGGCUGCGGCUCCCAGCCCCCUGGAGCUUUGUGAUGAUGCCAACCCUGUGGACAACGAGUACUUCUUCGACCGGAGCUCACAGGCAUUCCGCUAUGUCCUGCACUAUUACCGCACUGGUCGCCUGCACGUCAUGGAGCAGCUGUGCGCUCUCUCCUUUCUUCAGGAGAUCCAGUAUUGGGGCAUCGACGAACUCAGCAUCGACUCCUGCUGCAGGGACAGAUACUUCAGGAGAAAGGAGCUGAGUGAGACGCUUGACUUUAAGAAGGACACGGAUGACCAGGAGAGCCAACAUGAGAGUGAGCAGGACUUCUCACAAGGACCUUGUCCCACUGUCCGCCAAAAGCUCUGGGAUAUCCUGGAGAAACCUGGGUCUUCCACAGCAGCCAGGAUCUUCGGAGUAAUCUCCAUCAUUUUUGUGGCAGUGUCCAUCGUCAACAUGGCCCUGAUGUCAGCUGAGCUAAGUUGGCUCAACCUCCAGCUGUUGGAGAUCUUGGAAUACGUGUGUAUAAGCUGGUUCACCGGGGAAUUCCUCCUGCGUUUCCUGUGUGUGAAGGACAGGUGCCGCUUCCUGAGGAAGGUGCCGAACAUCAUAGACCUCCUUGCGAUCUUGCCCUUCUACAUAACUCUUCUGGUAGAAAGUCUGAGUGGCAGCCACACCACACAGGAGCUGGAAAACGUGGGGCGUUUGGUCCAGGUUUUGAGGCUCCUCAGGGCUCUGCGCAUGCUGAAACUGGGAAGGCAUUCUACAGGAUUGCGCUCACUUGGGAUGACAAUCACCCAGUGCUAUGAAGAAGUUGGCCUACUGCUCCUGUUUCUAUCUGUAGGAAUUUCUAUAUUUUCUACCAUAGAAUACUUUGCAGAGCAAAGCAUUCCUGACACAACCUUCACAAGUGUUCCUUGUGCAUGGUGGUGGGCCACAACAUCAAUGACUACAGUAGGAUAUGGGGACAUUAGGCCAGACACCACCACAGGCAAAAUCGUGGCCUUCAUGUGUAUCCUGUCAGGAAUCCUUGUCUUGGCCUUGCCUAUUGCCAUUAUUAAUGAUCGCUUCUCUGCUUGCUACUUCACCUUGAAACUCAAGGAAGCAGCCGUGAGACAGCGUGAAGCUCUCAAGAAGCUUACCAAGAACAUUGCCACUGACUCCUAUAUCAGUGUUAACUUGAGAGAUGUCUAUGCCCGGAGCAUCAUGGAGAUGCUUCGAUUAAAGGGCAGGGAAAGAGCAAGUACUAGAAGCAGUGGUGGAGAUGAUUUUUGGUUUUAA